AUGAUGAUCACGCUAUGUCGGAUCCGCUUAGCACAACGACCACUAUGUGCCUUUGGCCUACGAAGGUGUGGAUCCGCUCUUGCACCCGGUCGGCCCACGACCACAAACCUCCUCGGCAAAGAAUAUCCCACUGACGACAAGACGAACAUCACACCCGCCAUUGCGGAGAAGCUUGGGCGCAAGCUCUAUUUGCAGCCGUCACACCCCCUUGGGAUUUUGCGCGAGCUCAUCGAGUCGCACUUCAACAACUUCACCGCGCACUCGGGCUUCUCGCCAAUUGUGACGCCCGCGAAGAACUUUGAUGACUUGGGCUUCCCGGCUGACCACCCUGGGCGUGCGCUCAGCGACAGCUACUACAUCAAUAAUGAAUCGAUGCUCCGUACGCACACGUCGGCGCACGAAGUGGAGGUCUUCGCGCGAGGAGACAGGCGGUGGCUACUGACCUCGGACGUCUAUCGUCGGGACGAGAUCGACUCGACACACUACCCGGUAUUCCACCAGAUGGAGGGCGCCCGCGUAUUCCGGUCGACUCCGGAGGGCAUGACAGAACUGGAACAGGACAACGCACGUCUCUCCGAGCACCUCGCACAGUCGAAUAUCGUCAUCGAGGACGUCCCCCAUUCAUCGCCUACGAACCCAAUACCAAGCAUCUAUUCUAAUCACGACGCGGAGCGUAUGGUCCUGAACCUUAAACUGUCGCUGAACAGUCUCAUGCUGGCGCUGUUCGGUGGACGCGCUGGCUCGGCAGAGGAGCCGCUGCGGGUGCGCUGGAUCGAGGCUUACUUCCCUUUCACCAGCCCGAGCUUCGAAGUUGAAGUUUUUUUCCACGGCAAGUGGAUAGAGAUUUUGGGUUGUGGGUUGGUUCAGCAACGAACCCUCCAACUAGCCAAUAUUCCCCAUGACGUGAGCUGGGCGUUCGGGCUUGGUCUGGAACGUAUCGCUAUGAUUCUAUUUGCGAUUCCCGACAUUCGCCUGUUCUGGUCAACGGAUUCACGCUUCCUCGACCAGUUCACGCCGGGCAAGAUCUCUACCUUCAAGUCCUACUCCAAGUAUCCGCCAUGUCACAAAGACGUCAGCUUCUGGUUACCUUCCGAAGGCCUGCACGACAACGACGUCUUCGACCUUGUGCGGGAUGUCGUCGGUGAUCUAGCUGAGGACGUCAAGAUGAUUGAUGGUUUUACUCAUCCCAAAACACAGCGUACCAGUCGCUGCUACCGCAUAAACUACAGGUCAAUGGACAAGUCAUUGUCAAACGACGAAGCCAAUGCUCUCCAUACGGAUGUCAUCACACAACUAAGAGAUAGGUUCGGAGUCGAGAUUCGUUAAUUAUUAGGUAUCAUCAAUGCCGUAAUGUACGCUCUACCGGAGCCCCCGUCCUACUGACAUUCGUCCCACUACUACGAACACGACGAUCAUGUCCUCCCACCUCCCACCUGCGCCGAUCACCACUAUGACCGAUCCUGGACAACACCAACCUGGGCUGCACGCAAGACACGGUCCUUGAUCAUAUAACCAAUCUUCUGGGUGUCGAAUACAGUGCCGGGCUCCUUGUCCGGUAUCGGGGCCUGGUAAAGGGCUUCAUGUCGGUUCGGGUCGAAAUUGUCACCCGUCGGGUCGAACGGCUUUACGCCGUAUUUGAAGAGAGUCUGCAGGAGCAGUCGAUGUGUCAUCUCUACUCCGGUAUGCAGCUCGGUAAGGUAGGCCUCCGCUGGUUUGUCAGCCGGCGUUGCGGGAGCGGGCGGCUGUGGUGACGACGCGUCGGAGGACUGGGAGAGGGCGGAUGGAGGAACGGAUUUUAGCGCGAGCGCAAGGACAU